AUGAAUAAUACCAGGCCACCUCCGCCAGUAGGGAGCCCUCCGUCAUACGCCUUUGUCGGCCGUGUGUAUCGCUCGAACCUCAGACCAGUGGUCGUCAUCCUCGCUUUGAUGAGUGGCGUAUGGUCCAUCGCAAGGUAUAUCGACCUGUUCCGCGAGAUCAAUAUUGACAAGCACCAGGGCUUCCCCAAGCUCGCCACGUUCUCCAUCGUGCUGGGCGCGAUGUACGCAGCAGUGGCUGCCAUCGAGUUCUUCGGCGCAGCUGCGGCGGGCCUCCAACGCCUCCCCCUCGUCCGGCUCUACGCGUUCCUCAGCGUCCUCAGCGCCCUCGUAACCAUCGUCGCGGGAUUCGUCACCGUGGUCACACACUUCACUUUGAAGAACGACAUGAUCAACGAAUGCACGAAUCUGACGACGGGCGCGGACGUGGACUUCCGCUGGGGUCUCUUUGGCCCCAGCGUCCACGAGCAACUCACCCAAGAGCAAGCAAACGAUUGGUGUCACAGGGCCUGGGACCACGACUCCUGGUCCGACAUCGUCUCUCUGCUCCUCGUCAUCGUCUUGAUGGGCCUCUUCUCCGCCAUCGCGUUCGCGUACUACCACCAGCUCCUGGACCCCACCUCCCCCGCGAACGCCUUCCGCGCGCCGACAAACAACCUCGGCGCGGGCACGGGCGCGUACUACAACCCGACGUACGUCUCCUCGCUCCCGCACCUCGGGUACAACGACGGCAACGACAACGGCGGCGGCGGCUAUAACACCACGUACGCCCCGUACGGUGCCGCGCCGCAGUACGCGCCCCCGCCGGGCCCGCCGCCGCAGUUCCGCGAGCCGGAGCCGGACGACGGGAAGCUCCCGGAGUACGUCGGCGCGGGGUACGGCGUCGGCGCGCAUGGGACCGGGGGUGCGAAGAAGGGCGACGACCCGUUUGCGGAUUUCGAGGAGCACGACGUGACGAGCCGCCCGCGGCCGGGCGAAAACGAGACGUUCCGCUGAGGUCGCUGUUGUUGUUCUUACUCUGUCUUUCUUGUGUGUACUAGGCCCGUGUGUUGUAUCAGUAGGGUCGAGUAUGCUGCUCUUGGACUCUCUCUGUUUUACCCUCUUUCUUGAAUGGAGAACGAAGUCGGACGGAGGCCAUGUGAGCGAUGCUGCUGUAUUAACACGCGCGAAUAUUCCAUAGUGUCUAUGCCCGUUGUGUGUGCU